GAAGAACUGAUACUUGCAAUUACAUCGAUCAACACAGCAUUUAGCAGGACCCGCUAUCAUGGUUGGCCUACGUGGAAUGGAAGAUGUGGAUAGUUCAGAGGUGAAUGCUUCAUCUGAAUCCCAAACGACAGCUUCUGGCAGUAAUACGCAUGGCACUGUUAAUCAACAUCCCGGUUCUUCUCGUCCAGCAAAAGCAGAAACUUCAGGCCUUUCAACCGCAUUGGCAGGUCCAGAUGGAAAAGUGCCUUUUCGUGUAGGCAUUGCUGAAGAUCGUAAUAAACGAUGGAGACGAACGAUGGAAGAUGCUCAUGCGUUUGUGUAUGAUUUCGGUAGCGUACAUGGUCAAGGUUAUUUUGGCGUUUUUGAUGGUCAUGCAGGAAAGCAUUCUGCAGAGUGGUGCGGACAACAUUUUCACGAAUACCUUUUGGAUACUUUGGUCAACCAUUCCAAUCAAUCCGUUCCUGAUAUCUUUAACAAAACAUACCAUUCUGUCGAUCAACAACUUUCACAAUUGGCCGAUCAACUCGGAUCAUCUUCGGGUUGCACGGCUGUCACUGUACUUUUACGUUUAGAAGAUGAAGAUGGAAAGCCUGCAGCACAUGCAGAGACUGGCGGAGUUGACAAGACUUCACGCAAAGAUAGCAGUAAAAGCAAAGAUGCUUCCUCCAAAAUUGAAGGCGUAAGUGCAAAUGUAUCAAAAGAUGGUUUGGUAGAAGUAAGCGGAGAAAAGAUACGAAGAGUGUUGUACACAGCAAAUGUGGGCGAUGCUCGAGCUGUUCUUUGCCGAGGUGGUAAAGCUGUUCGAUUGACUUACGACCACAAAGGUUCAGAUGCUCAAGAAGCAAAAAGAAUUAUGGAUGCAGGUGGUUUUGUGAUGAAUAAUCGUGUCAAUGGAGUUUUGGCAGUAACGAGAUCAUUGGGAGAUGCAGCAAUGAAAGAUUUUGUCGUUGGUGCACCUUAUACAACAGAGACUACAUUGAGCGAUCAAGAUUCUUUCUUGAUCGUUGCUUGUGAUGGUUUAUGGGACGUCGCAGAUGAUCAAGAUGCGGUCGAUUUGAUUCGUGAUGAAGAAGAUCCUCAAGUCGCAGCAGCAAGAUUAUUACAACACGCUUUGAGUAAUUUCUCAACCGAUAAUACUUCCGUCAUGGUCGUCAGAUUCGCCUGCAAUGCUGAAGCUGCCAAGAACACUCAACCAGGCUUUUCUGCAAAUGUCGCCGGUGGAACUGGACCAGAAGGAGACUUGAAAGAAAAAGAAAGCUAA